AUGUAUAUGGAUGGGAGUACAUGGAUUGUUACCCUUCCUACGGAAAUCAUGAGUAGUUAUGUGAGGCCGCUUCUCCAACAUUGGGAUGCUAAUCUAAAGCUACGAGCAUAUAGAGACGGAACACUCAUUACACAACGUCUGCAUUUUGCUCCAGCACCUCACCCAUACCGACAUGUCCUGGGGUGGUAUCGAAUCUGCCAGGAGCUUUCAAAGGGCAAGAUUCAACCUUGGGUAGUAUUUGAUGGGAGGAAAAGGCAUAUAGCGAAGGCGAGGGAGGUGCAACGUCGACGCGCAGACCAAAAUCAGCUAUUCAACAGAAGUCAAGUCGAAAGCGAACGCGUCAAGAGACUCGAAUUCGUGAACAGCUUUCUGGAGAAACUGCGCGAACUUCCGCAUGGAAAGGCUGAAGAAAUCUCAAAGGUUUUCCCCUCCCUUCAAAUUGUGUCCGAAGACGCCAAAUUCAAGAAGGCAUACGAUACGCUGAGCUCUCAGGCAUCCUCUACGGCGUUGGAGCAAGUCUCCCAACUGGAACCGGGUGUCUCGAGAGCUUAUAUUCCGACACUGCAGCCCCUGGACGCAACGACUGAGAGUGUCGACGCACUGUCCACUACCCUCUACAACGUCUUCGAGAACUUUAGGACGAGUGUCACACUCUUGGCAAGCCGAAUGUUUGCCAGCGUACCACCCGCGGCCCAAAAGGAUCCAGAGGCUUCGACAGAGCAGGACUGGAUGCUGACCAAGGCACAAAGUCAGUUGUCCGUCAUGGAACGAGACUUGUGGUUCCAGAUGUCUAGCCUAUCACUGGACGCCGUUCAUCAAGACCCGGACCAUUUCAAGGAUAUCGUGGCCCGGUCGUCUUUGCUUUUGGACAAGAGCUGCAAGAUGUCUGUGUCGUUCAAGCGCAGAUGCAACCUCCCCAAUACAGACACGUACAAUGAAAGCAAGGACAUCAUCAGAGCGAUGGGAGUCCCUAUCAUAGACGCUCCUCUAGAAACCGAAGGAGAAGGGUUGGCCUCCUCCAUUGUCCUGCACGGUGACGCGGACUUCGUUGUGAGCGAAGACACGGAUGUUCUGGUCUACGGCGCCCCAUUACUUCGAAAUCUCACCAGCAUGCAUGAACCACUGGAGAUUAUCUGCUCCCAGACCAUCCGACAAUGUCUCGAGCUCGACCCUGUUUCCUUCCUCGACUUCGCCCUCCUCCUUGGCACGGACUUCACACAGCGAAUCAAGAACGUCGGACCAGCUCGCGCUUUGCAAUUCGUCAAGCGAUAUGGUUCCAUUGAAAAUGCCAUCCAAGCGGAACCCAAAUACCCGCCCCGUAUACCGCCUCGAGAAUACCUAGCGGAAGUCAACGACGCUAGAGACCUUUUCAAAAAUCUGCCACACAGUCCGAAUUUGCGGCUGAUAGAGCAGCCUGGCCGGAGCGAUUCUGCGAUUGCGGAGGUCAUGACACGGUAUAGGUUAGGACGACAUUUGAUGAAGUCGCCGCAUUGGGCGUACGAAGACGCCCUUGCAGGCAAUUUCUUCAAUGACAACCCAAUUGCGAUAUAG